AUGGUUUCUUUCAAACUCGUCCAAUUUAUUUCGAUCGUCGUUUUCGCAUCGACCUGUAUGGAUACCCAAGCUGGCCUCGUUACAAGAGCCGCACCGGCGCCCAAAGCAAACGAUGUACCUCUAGAUCCUACGGACGUUCCCGGAGGCAAGAAUGCCAACGUCAAUUCUAAAAACCCCAAGCCGCCAGCUUCUACUGUACCUGUUGGAAGUCCCAAGAAUCCCAAAUCUGCAGCUCCUUCGGAAGGGUCAACCGGCAAGACCGAUCCCAAAAACCCCAAGUCGGCUCCUGGUAUGCCAGGGGGAAACAACAAGACCUCGGAAUCACCAAAGAAUCAGAAACCAGGAACCACCACUCAGAACCACUCCCCAGAAGAGGUCAAAGCCUUGAUGGACAGACUUAAACUCAGUCCAAACUCUACUGGCGCUCCUGGAGCUGGAAGUAGCACUCCUGAGAAUUCCAAAUCGAAAACCAAGGCAGGUGGUGGUAGUGGCACUCCUCCCGCCGGUCCAGGGAAAACUUCUAAACCUAAUGCAAUGACCAGACGAGCAGAAGCCGCCACUAAAUCGGCAGAAGACAAGAAGGCUAGCUUUAUGGAGAAGCUCAAAGCGAAGUCAAGUGCUGACACCAAAGCUGGCCUCGUUACAAGAGCCACACCGGUGCCCAAAGCAAACGAAUCUGCACCUCCUUCGCAAGGGUCAACCGGCAAGACUGAUCCCAAAAACCCCAAGUCGACUCCUGGUAUGCCAGGCGGAAACAACAAGACCCCGGAACCACUCAAGAACCACUCCCCAGAAGAGGUUAAAGCCUUGAUGGACAGACUUAAACUCAAUCCCAACUCUACUGGCGCUCCUGGAGCUGGAAGUAGCACCCCUGAGAAUUCUAAAUCUAAAUCUAAGGCAGGUGGCGGUGGUGGUGGUGGUGGUCCUCCUGCCGGUCCAGGGAAAACUUCUAAACCUAAUGCAAUGAACAGGCGAGCAGAAUCCGCAACCAAAUCGGCAGAAGACAAGAAGGCCAGCUUUAUGGAGAAGCUCAAAGCGAAGUCAAGUGCUAGCGGUCGUCCCGCCGGCACUCCGCCGGCAGAGCUCACCAAACGAGCAGAUGCCCCGGGUGGAGGAUCAGAAGACAAGAAAGCCGCCUUCCUCGAGAAACUCAAAGCAAAGCUAGCCAGCGGCGGCGGUCUUUCUAAAGGUGGAGAAGGUGCAAGUGCGAUGGGAGGCAAGUCUCCGAUGUCCAAACGAGCGGACUCCCCUAGUGGACCUUCAGAGGAGAAGAAAGGUGGCGGCUUACUCGAUAAAAUCAAAUCCAAGCUGAGCCCUGCCGAUCAUUCCAAGGGAGAGGUCAGUCAUUCCAAGGGAGAUACCAGCCAUUCCAAGGGAGAUACCGGUCACGGUAAGGGAGAUGCGAAGCCCUCCAAGGGAGAUGCCGGUCGUGAUGCCGGUGCGGUCGAGGAAAAUUCCAAGCCUUCAGGAAUCAGCAAGCGAGCCGAACACCUGACUGGAAAUGCCGUCUGGAAACGAGAAGAUGCGGCACCGGUCAGUCCUGAGAAGAACGAAAAGGCGAGCGCCGAACCUGAGACUAAGAAACCCAAGGAGUCCAAGCCAGCCAAAGAACACAAGCACAAAGCACCCAAGGAAAAGGCAAACCCAGCGUCGAAGGACUCGAAAGCCAAGGAGCAAAAGAAGCCAGCUGCUCCGGAGGCCGAAGGAACCUCGGAAGCACCCAAGGAAAAGGCAAGCCCAUCGUCGAAGGACUCCAAACCCAAGGAACAAAAGAAGCCAGCUGCUCCGGAGGCCGAAGGAACCUCGGCCUAG